AUGCCUGCCGGACAGACACCGUACACAGUGACAUUGUUUGCGCAUGGUGAUUUAGUGGAACGUGUGCAGCCGGGUGAUCGUGUUUCCGUAACCGGCAUCUAUCGGGCGCUGCCAGCACGGAUCAAUCCGCGUAUCAGAACUGUCAGUUCGGUCUAUCGUGCCAGUAUCGAUGUGCUGCAUUUUCGAAAAACGGAUCAGAGUCGCCUUCAUCAACUGGACGAUGGCACUUAUUUGACCGAAGAACGUGUGUCAAUGAUCAUGAAUUUAGCAAAACGAGCAGAUAUUGUCGAUCGUUUGGCAAGUGCCGUAGGUGAGAAAAAUUUACUAUUAUUAUUUUGA